CAUUAUCUAAAUUAACCAGUGCAUCAUUGCCAGAACACAACAUGGAUGGGGUUCGCAUGAAGAUGAAGUCCCCGCUGCGCUCCAAAUAUCAAUCACAGGGACGCCAGUGCGCGUCGAUCCUUUCAUCUCUGUAAAGGUGGGGGUUUGCGCUCUUGCUGACAUCCUGAAUGUAGGAGCGCGCCUUCAUCGUGCGCGUGUAUGCAAAGCACGCCAGAGACCAACAGCACAGCACUUCCUAUCGAUAACAUUUCAGCAGGAUUUGCGUAUUGGCAGGGUACGAAUUACGGAGGGCGAUCCGAUUCAGCUAAUUAAACAUUGAACACCCCAAAUGAGGUCAAAACAAAACGGUGGAGGGUCUUAAAGGUACAUAAUCAUUUCAACAAUUCACCAGUUUCAACAUUCAUUUAAAAAAUCAUUUCAUUCCUUAUUUUGAAUAUAAUGCAACAAUAGGCGACUGUUAUGAUCAGGGCACACAUAGACUUCCAGUGUAGAUACCAGGGUUUUUUUCUCCAGAAACUUUAGUUAGUGUUUCGUCUGAUCCAAAAGGAGGUUGCUUGGACAUGAACGUGUGCCGUUGCUUAAAAAAGACCUCUCUCAAAGUCAUUGCGUUGAACAGGCUACAGGUUGUAUACAGAUAAGACUGACUGUCAAGACACCAUCACCAAUCAUUUGCAAACACUUUAUAUAAAUAACGCACUUAAUGUACCAAAUGUACUUGAUGCGUUUUCAUUUUAGAUAAAAAACGGCUACACAUGUCGCUCCCACACCCCUCCUCUAAACGGUGGGCAUGUAUCGGUGACGCGCGUCUGGGGUUCGUGUUUAUGUCUGCCAGGGUUUCUGAUUGGGCGCAGUUUAGAUGUGUGAUGAGCAUCCGCGCGCCGUGGGGCGGGAGCAGCCGUGUUUAUAAACCACAGUACGCGCGUCGUGGGCGGGAAGACUGGAUUGAGAAAGUAGUGAUUCGAGAAAGAGAGGAGUACGCGCGGCAGCGGCGGGCGGCUGUGGCUGACUGGAGAUCGUGGAGGAGGCGCGGCUUCCACUGCCCCUCCACUUUAACAGCUGUAUGGACGACCACCUCAGCCUCCUCCACUCGCCUCCACCUUUCUCGAGCAAGCACCGGGGCAACAAUCUCGUGAACCACGGCUACACAGAAAACGACACUAUGACAAUUGUUGCAUGCGACAACAUGCUGGAGGAGUCGGCGGCACUGCCCGGGCACCACUCUCUGGAGCGCUACGAGCCCGACCAUGAGUGUUGCGAGAGAGUUGUCAUCAACAUCUCGGGCUUGAGGUUCGAGACGCAGCUCAAAACCCUGUCCCAGUUCCCCGAGACGUUGCUUGGAGACCCCAAGAAACGAAUGCGCUACUUUGACCCACUCAGAAACGAAUAUUUCUUUGACAGGAAUCGCCCGAGCUUCGAUGCCAUUUUAUAUUACUACCAGUCAGGGGGUCGUAUUCGGAGACCAGUAAAUGUCCCUAUUGACAUUUUCUCCGAGGAGAUUCGCUUCUAUGAGCUCGGGGAGGAAGCCAUGGAGAAAUUCAGAGAGGAUGAGGGCUUCAUAAAAGAGGAAGAGCGCCCUUUGCCCACCAACGAGUUUCAGCGACAGGUGUGGUUGCUGUUUGAGUACCCGGAGAGCUCGGGUCCUGCCAGGGGCAUCGCGAUCGUCUCCGUGCUGGUCAUUUUGAUAUCAAUCGUUAUCUUUUGCCUGGAAACGUUACCCGAGUUUCGGGACGACAUUGACUCGACGGUCGCGCCGGUUGUAAACGGAACUAUCCCGUAUCUCACGAGCCCCUUCUCCGACCCGUUCUUUGUGGUCGAGACCCUGUGCAUCAUCUGGUUCUCGUUUGAGCUGCUGGUCCGGUUCUUCGCGUGCCCUAGCAAAGCCACGUUCUCGAAGAACAUCAUGAACAUUAUUGACAUCGUUGCUAUUAUACCAUACUUCAUCACUUUGGGCACCGAGCUCGCAGAGAGGCAAGGCAACGGCCAACAGGCGAUGUCCUUGGCCAUUCUCCGGGUCAUCAGACUGGUCCGCGUGUUUAGGAUUUUCAAACUCUCGCGGCACUCCAAAGGGCUACAAAUUUUGGGGCAAACGCUCAAAGCCAGCAUGCGCGAGCUGGGCUUGUUGAUUUUUUUCCUAUUCAUAGGGGUUAUUCUCUUCUCCAGCGCAGUCUACUUCGCUGAGGCUGACGAUCCGGACUCGGGCUUUAACAGCAUCCCUGAUGCGUUCUGGUGGGCGGUGGUUACCAUGACGACUGUGGGAUACGGCGACAUGCACCCGGUCACCAUAGGGGGCAAAAUCGUCGGCUCCCUGUGCGCGAUCGCAGGUGUGUUAACUAUCGCUCUGCCCGUGCCUGUCAUCGUGUCAAACUUCAACUACUUUUACCACCGAGAGACUGAGGGAGAGGAGCAGGCGCAGUACCUGCACAUCGGCAGCCUCCAGCCUCUGUCUUCCUCCGGGGAGCUGAAGAAGACGCGAAGCACGUCAUCGGUCAGCAAGUCGGAGUAUAUGGUGAUCGAGGAAGGCAUCAACAGCGCCUUCAAGCAGCCAAACUUCCCCGAUCAGAACAACCAAAACUGCGUAAACAUUAAAAAGAUGUUCACAGACGUGUAGGCUUAUUCUAGCGCGCUUCGUGUCAGUGCAAGUCUGCGUGAUGGCAAAGCUGUAGGUUCAUGUCAUGAUAGUGCGAGUGUUACCCUCCAUUUCCACGACGCAGAGGAAUGGGUACAUAUUUAACCCGUCAGGUUCAUACAGUCACCUUUUUGAUUGAACCUUUUACUGUGAGGAUUAAGCCCGUUUUCUUUUUAUUUGCCCAUAUAGGCUAUCACAUCAGUAUAUGGCAAGUCGCUUUAACAUUUGAAGAGUUCAGAUCUCAAAGCCUCUAAUCCCAUCUGACAUUUUCUUCUGAUUUUUUUUUUUCAGCAUGUUAUGUUUUCUUCAGUUAUUUCACCAUGAAGGCAAAGAAAGGAACCUGUUAAUCACUAUAAAUAAAUUAUAAAUUAAACUAUCAAUUUUAGAACAAAAUGUCACAUGGUAUUUAGAGACUCUUGCAUCUGAACUAAUUUGUUUCUUAAAACUAGUUGCCAGCUUUUAAUG